AUGAGCAAGAAGCAAGAAAAUGUCCAUAUUCCCAAGUACAUCAAGGAUCAGCCGUGGUUUUACAAAGUUUCAAAAGAUACCAAUGAUGGAGAUUAUCUUGCCCACCACAGGAGACAAAAAGAUCAAGAUUCUGGGCUAGAUAUCGACAACAACGCGGAACCGAAGGUUGGUAGAGGUAUCGACGAUGAAUAUGUUAGUUUGGGUAUACCAUCAGAGGAAGUAGGACGUGGGAGGGACGUUAGGGCUCCCAAAUGUACUAAUUGUGGGGCCUUGGAUCAUGUGGCAAGAGACUGCCUUGAGCCGCCACGCAAGCGCCAGAUACGCACGGUACGCUCUCAUCAGAGUUUUUCCCGACGUAGAGACGAUGGAGAAAGUUGGGACGCAAAAAAGGACCGCUGGUUUGGCUAUGAUGGCAAAGAGUAUGACGAAGUUGUGCAAGGGUGGGUCAAGAAAGCCCAGGAACAGGUUCUCAACGCAGACGUUGAGGAUGAGGAAUUUAUUGAUACAGACGAAGAGAUUGAGCUCGCUACCUUGGGUCUCUAUAAGAGUAGCGUCACAGGUGCCCUUGCGAAUGAUGACGCAAAUGGUAGCAAGCUUCGUGCUUCCGUGCGGCUGCGUGAGGACAAAGCAGCAUACUUGAACGAUAUUGGGAGCGACACUAUUAAUUAUGACCCCAAAUCACGGCUCUACAAGACUGAAGAACUCGGAGAAAUUGACGCAGAAACGAAGAUGUUCCACAGACAUCUCAAGGGCGAGUCACUCGAAUUAACAAAGCUGAACAGACUUGUUCGAGAGGAGACGCUAAAAUCAGGGAUUCGAGAUGAAGUGGAGAACGAGGCCAAGACCCAGCAUGUUCUUGUAGCCAAUCCAACAAAAUAUGAGCUUCUCAUGAAGGAAAAGGGCACUGAAGUGUCACAACAGGCGAAACAAGAUCCUUACGCGGGGAAAUCAGCGAAAAGAGCCGUGGGGACUCGUCAAUCCCAGGAGAAGAAGAGGAGCCUACUUGAAAGGUAUGGAUAG